GAGGACAGCAGCAGCGACUGUGUUACUCUGCCCUGAAAACUCAAGUUCAGCAUCGGCUUUAAAACUUACUGCUGUCUCUUUGAGGUAAGUUCUGUGUUGUUUAAUUAAUAAGGACGAUGUUAGAAUUACUCAGGAGGUAAAUGUGGUAUUUAGGGCCUUUUAAUAACUGAGCUAAUCUAACGAAAUCCCUUUGGAGUCUGAGUCUGGACAAACAAGCGAGUCUGCGAGUUAUCAGUGUUUUUUACUUGUACCAAUAACUUUGCUCCCUAUGCAUUUUUAAAACAAAUAAUAUUAAUAUAAUGGUAAAGACUUAAUGACUGGGGAAAGUAUACAAAUGAGCCUGUUUAGAAUGAGACUGUAAAAUAUCUAACAUUAUCUUUUGGACUUGUUGGUCAAAUCUAAUUUUUUUGCAGUCUGAAGUGGUGGGAGAAGUUUAGUUUUCCUGUUGGUUUUUGAGGAUUUGGGGAGAGACAGUAAGGCACAGGAAUUUAUUACCCCCCUCCCCUGAGAAGAAGUCAGUUUGACUUGCUAACAGCUUAAACUGUCCUGGUCUCCUGGACAACUGAGCAACAUAAACCCCCCACUCUCAUGAGCGCCCAGCCAGCCCUGACCAAACCAGAGACUGCUUUACGGUGAAUGUCUGCACAUUUCUCCUCAGCCUCAGGAAAUGACCGACACCAACAGUGAUGGAGAGCAGAGAGACACAGAGGAGCUACUGUACAAGGGUACAAGUGUUUAAUGAUUAUUACAUCUGCAUCAUUUAUAUUGGUCCCUUGAUAGUUUGUAUUCACUCUGACUGGCCUGUUUGUCUGCACCCACAGAUCUCAAUGUCAACAGUGAUGAGAUGGUACUGAAUCCUCCAACUCUCAAACUGGACCACUGUGACCUCCUCCUAGAUGCCAUAGAUGCUCAACUUUGUCAGCUGCAGGUCUGUUGAUCACAUUUUUUUUUAAUGAUUAUGAACUGAAUUGAUGAUAAUAGGUAAUGUCUUUACUUCUAGCAGGUCCAGCACAAGACAUGCCAAGAUAUUUUCAAGAGUUGUGAUUGUAAUGAUCCAGGUAACUUAUGUCCUACACACAGUAAAUCAAUUAUGAUCUUCUUUUUUUAGAGGAUUGAAUUUAUUUUCUGUUUCCUAGCUUGUCUCAGCUGGAGCCGAUCUCUGAGCAAAGACACCGGCCUCGGAAGUACAACUCAGACGAAUGACUCUCCCAUGUCUCGUCUCGGUUUUCUACACUCUCAAACAAUGGAGCGAACAUCAGGUAGGCAGCAGGUGUUUCCUGUCGACAUAGUGAUCCAUGUGCUUUAAGAGUAUAAUUUUAAAGAAUAUAGUUUUAGAGUAGAGUAGGUUCUUUUGUUAGUUUUUAAAGCUCUAAAUGGUCUUGGUCCUUCCUAUUUGUCUGAUUUGCUUUUCCCGUAUGAUCCUGGUAGGGCCCCCAGGUCUUCAGGUGGUGGUCUUUUAAUUGUUCACAAAAUAAAAACUAAAACUAAUGGUGAAUCAUUGUUCCAACAUUACGGUCCCCAUCUGUGGAACAGCCUACCUGCAGACCUGAGAGCGAAUCCUAAUGUUCAUAUUUUUAAAGGAAAAUCAAGACCUAUUAUUUUAGUCUGGCUUUUAGUUGAAUUUUGUUUUAAUCUUUUAAUCUGCAUUAUGUGAUUUUACCCAAUUUCAGUCCUAGAGUAACUUUUUUUGUGUUUUAUUACCUCUUUUAAUUACAUUCUGUUAUUGUUUGAUUUUAAGACUGUUUUAUUAAAUUAACUUUUAACACUUUUAUCUCUUCUCUGCUCUUCCUAUAGAGAGGAGCACAGGCCGUCAGGGGGAUCUUGUCACUCCAGAGGAAGUUGAACAGAUGUUAGACAGACGACCACAAGACAAAAAAGAACGAGAGUCCCGGAAGGAGCAGGUAAUCUGGAGGCUGGAGAAACUGCUCGGUGACACCUGCGAUAAUGAAGGGAUGGCAGGAGAAAGCCACCCUCCUUCAGACAGCAUCUGCACCGAGGACUUCGUGACGCGCUUCAGGGACGAGAUGGUUGAGCUCGCACUUGAGAGUGAUUCGCAGCAACAGUGCAGAGAAGAAGAGGCUGAGGGGACACAGAAAUCAGACUGUGAUGAUUUUCAGAGCGAACAAAAGCCAGGAAGUGUUUUCAGUGUUGAUAGAGGAGAAACUGUAACUGGGAUGAAUGAUAAAGACACAAAAACAGAGUCAAAGAAGACUCGUUCAAGACAGGAACUGGAGUCUGGUCUCUCUGAUAGCUACGCAGUAAAUAGAUCUUGUUGUGACAGAGCAGGAGGUGGAGAGAGAUACGAAACACCUCAGAUGCUGGGUAAAGACAAGACGAGUGAGUACCGUCUUUACAAACAACAAGACCUUUCCUCCUCUUUUAGAAACUUGACAUUUAGUCCUGAUGACCAAAUUUAGAAAAAAAAUAAAAUUUGAGUUUGAACCACCCCACUGAACAAUAGACGGGUAUUAGACGUCUAGUCUCUUUUUUUAGACCAAAUUUCAACCGUCUAGAUUCUGUAUAUUUUAGACAGAAUUUAGACGAUGCACUUCAACCCAUUAUUCAAUAACUAUUUAUUUCAAAAAGCAACUGUGAGUUGAAUAACUGAUCUCCAAGUACUUAACCAAAUUAUGAUAGCCAUUGAGCAAUAUACAGUUAGACCUCUGUUAGCCGGCUAGUCUAAACUUGGUCUAAAUUUAGACGUUUAAUAAACUUUCAUUUUUAGACCUGUGGUAGCCUGAUUUUAGACCAGUUGUCUAGGCUACAAUUCGACCUCUCUGGGACCUGUGAAAAAGAUUUCCCAUCUUAUCUCUUUACUGAAUUUGCCCUGAAUGUGUGUUUGUAGUUUUUUUUUAAAGUCUCAUCGUUGUUUCACCAAAAGUCUGAUUUCUUUAAGAAUCUUUUCAUUUGACGUUUAUUUUUCAGUCUCUGACAGAUCAGAUGCAGAAAGAGAAACAGAGCAGCACAUUAAGACGAAGCGCUUGGCAGGUAACAUACACAGGUUACACUGAAUCCACUAACAGAUAUUAGCUAGUCUGUUAGACAUUCGUUUUCUAUUGACAGUGUCUGAUUGUGUUUGUCGUAGGGGUACCUGUGUGGAGUUUUGACACAGUGUCCAUUGACUGUGACCUUGACUCUGUUAGCACAGAACAAGUCAGACAGCAUAUCCACUGGCAACCAGGUGAGAGACCGAGGACAGAGUGGAGGAAAACAAGUCGACUUGUAAUGACAAACCAGAUAUAGAAACUAUUAACAUGUUCUUUCCCCAGGAUUUCACUCUCUUAUUCAGUCUGUCAUGGAUGUGGAUAGUCUGAGUAGCAACCAGAGUGACUGUGACACACCCACUCAGGAAGACGGUGAACCUCUGCAUUCAUCAGGUAAGGCGGGUGUAAUCUUUAGUAACUCCGCAGUGCAAGAAUAAACCGUGAUUUAAUCUCUGAUCAUUACAAAAUGUGCAUUUUUUGUUCACCAAGAUCAAAAAUCAUCACAUGGAAUAAUUCAAAGUUCCUCCGCCUGUAUCCCUCACCGUGACAAGAAAGAGGUUCAGAGGUAAAAACACUCUCUUCAUCUUCUCUCUGAUUUUAAGCCCACUUUCAUUCAGCCUAUCGGGACUCUCCGUCUUAUACUUAUACACUAUUCAUGUUUCUCCAUCACAGAGUUGCGUGUCCUUCUGAUGACAAUGACAAGGACACAGACGAGGAAAUCAACCAUCAGAGAAGGAGAUGCAGGCCUCACAGGACGUCAGAGAAGAUGCAGUCAGAUUAUGCCAGGAUGAAAGAGCUGCUCUCCACACUCCAACAGGUAAAAUAAAGUCUCCUAUAAUUUCGGCACCUUAUGAAUAAAGUUUGAGAAGUAGGUUUGAGGCUAAAUUCUCCUCUUUCAUGUGUUUAGAGAUGUCAGAAAGAAGAGGAGACACUGAAGCGGAAGAAGACUCAGUUAAGAGAUGUUGAGCUCUCCUUCUCUGAUAUUCAAACGAGAAGGAAGGUAAAGUGGAGCAUGAACAGCAGACAACCCAAAAAACUUAGGAGGAAUAAAAGGCAUGGAAAUAUUCACAGUAUAUGGUAUAUUGUGUGUCCCAGCAUGCCUUGCAGGAGUUAGAGCAGCUGAAGAAGGAGAAGAGGAGUCUGGAGUUUGAUCUGAGAGACCACAGAGCAGAGAAAGACUUUAAAAGGUAUAAAAUUCAAACUCCUGCUUAAACUUGUUUACAAAAACGUCUGUAUUUACACGCUUGUUUCACUCUGCAUCACCAUCAUACUGAACAAAGAACAGCUCUAUAAAACAUUCAUACCAUGUGUUGCAGAGGUCGGCUGCAUGAGCUGCAGAGGCAGAGACAGUCUGGUAUCGCCGAGGUAAGAGACACAGGAGAUGUCUGUGCUCAGUCAUUCUCAUGUUUUAACGUCUUCUGUUUUAAUUGUAAGUUUUUGUCUGCUGCUCCACAAACAGCCCAGUGUGUUCAUAUCCGUGCUGGAGAGGGAGGAGAUGGACAGACAGCUGGAUAGCGCCAAAGCAGAGCUGUUCGCUGAACAGAAACGUGCAAGAGAGAAGAUAGAGUCCAUGCAAGAAGUACUGUGUUCACAUCAUUUAUUAAUGUCAUUGUGUUGUUGUUUAAGUUUGUCAUCAUUGUUGUUCUUUAUGUCAUUUAUUGUUGGUGUGCCAUGUACUGUCAGUGAAGACAAAUCUCCCUACGGAACAAAUAAAUCAAAUCAAUCAGAUAAGAUAAGAUAGGAUAAUAUAAGCCUUUAUUAGUCCCACAAGGGGAAAUUCUUAUUUACAGUUCAUCCUUUACAAGAAACAUACAGUAGACAGAUGCAUACAGGGUGACAGGAACAGGAGAGCUGUCGGAUCGCCAGCCUGACCGGCGUCCCUUUCUUAGAUGAGAAAAAGAAGAACAGGAGGGAAGAAGAGGGGAAAAAAGCAACUCCAAACUCUGCUCCCAUAGGAGGGACAGUGUGGGAUCAGUAAAAAAAUACACCUCAGCACAUGAGCAAAAUAAUGACAUUACAACAAAAACACUCGAGAGCUUGCACAUGUGGGAGGAGGGCAGGUGUCAGGGAGGGCGUCGCAGCACCGAUCCUGGAGUGAGCACAACCAUACCUGCAGUACCUGCACUACAACAGAGGGGGGGCAAGACGGCGUUGAGUUGGAGGGAGGUCUGUGUGAUUAUCAUGACAAUUAUCUGUUUUAAAAGCGGAUUUAAUAAUAUAUAAUUCUGUCAACAGCAGGUGAAAUAUCUAUUGAAUUUUUCUUAAAGCCAUAACUCUAGAUAUUUGUUGAGUAUUGUAUCACAGCUGAUAAUGUCAAUGUCUGCUUUAUUUAUAUAGCACAUUUAAAAACAGCCAGUGGCCUACCACAGUGCUUUACAGUAAAAUAGCCAGAAACAAUAAAAACAAUAAAAACAUAUAAAAAUAUAAAACAACAAUAUAGAUAAACAUAGAAGUAAAUAAAAUACCCAAUAAAAGUAGCUAUACUUCCCCCAAAGCUCAAGUGAACAGGUGCGUCUUCAUACGUGUUUUAAAGUGGAAAGGCUAUUAACUCUUUAAACUAUGUUGAUAUUAAUUAAACAUUCAUGUAAAACUGUACUGUCUCCAGUUUAAUUAAAGGAGAAGAUAUUUGUAUUUUUUCUUAAAAGAUAAUGUUUCUUUGUAAAUGAAGACAUUUUCGUUUGCGCCUAAUCUUUAAGCAGAAGUUAGAGGAGACUCGAGAGGAACUCCAGAGAGCCACAGAAGUGGAGAGUUUACUGAGGGCCAGGUGUGCUUGUCUGGAGGAGAAACAAAAGCAGGAGAAGGAUCAAAUGGAGGUGAGGAUCAUUAAUAUCUUUGUUUUUUGUCAACAUCGGCUGUCUCUGGGCUCCCUACAUAUAUUGUGUUUUAUCUUUUUUGGUGUAGGGUGACCUCGGAGAAUGUCGAAUCAGAGUGGGAACCCUGGAGAGGAUGUUGACUCAGAAGGAGCUCCAGUUGGUGGAUUUAAAGGAGCAGUGUGGGACCUUAAAAACAGAGAUGGAUGGACUGAAGGGGGAGCUACAAGACCUACAAACACAACACUGCACUGCUCUGAAAGAGGCACAGGAACAAGUCCACAGACUGACAGUAAGUACUGAAGGAAACUGGAUCCUCCUUAGCUUUUAAGCUCACAAGGCUGGAUUAUUCUGAUGUAACACCGAGUAACCACUGAUAGGCUAAGUGAGUAAUCAACCUAAGAGGCAGCGUUUCAGCAGCAGGAGACAGAUUUGGCUGUGGUUCAUGUGCAGCCUCUCCUAAAUGUGACAAAUGUCUGCAAAUUAAAGUUUAAUAAUAUUGUAGCUCUGUGUUUUGUUCUCCGGUAAACGAGCAGAGUGAAGCAGAGAGGGACAAAACUUUGAGAGAACAAGCUGUUUUUCUCAAACACCAAAUUAAGUCCGAUCCAGAUUUUUGGGCUCUAUAUGAUCGAUACAGUGAGUAAAAUCAGUCCACAGGUUUGCAGUUUAUUGAUAGUUUCCUCCUUUCUGCAGCUAAAAGAAAAGGAGGUGAGAAGACUGAGGGAUUCUCUGGAGCAGCAGAAAAACCGUGAAGAGGAGCUGCGACUGGAAGCAUUAGGAAAGGUACACAGAUUAUUCACAGACGAAAAUAAACCUAAUUUUUCCAUUAAGAUUAAUUGCACUGUGUAUUUCCAGGUGCAUAAAGCACUAGAGGAGGCGAGGAGGAAGUGGGAGGCAGAAAAAGUGGAAGCUGUGCAGGUUCACUGUGGGAUUGUGGAGGAGCAAAACAGAAAGAGAGCGGAGAGUAUGAGGAGCGAGAUCCAGCAAGAGAAGUGCAAAUCAGCAACUCUUCAACAUCAAGUGCUGGAGCUAAAAACAGUAAGGUGGCAUGCACUCAGAGAUACAGCAUCACAUUAGUGUAUUUUCAUUCUGUCUGUGCAUGACUUUCUGCUCAUCUGUGAGAGGGUGCAAGAGCUGGAGACACUGCAGAGAAAGCAGGAGUCUGUGCUGGCAGUAACCUGUAAAUCACUGAAAAAGGAGCACCAGGCUAAGGUGCAGAGGAUGCAGAGGCAGAUGGCAGAGGUGCGAGAAGAAAAAAAAAAUCAUUUGCAGGUAAAUAAAGAGGUUUGGUGCUGUAGAAAAGCUGACAUGGUUUGGUUUGUGGUCGCAGGAGAGCCAGAAGACAGCACAGCAGUUCAAGCAGGCCGUGCAGCUGGCAGAGGCGGAGGCUGACAGGCAUCGGCUGAUGCUUAAAGAAAGGGAGAGCAGCCAUCAUGAAAUCACAGCUGAGCUGGAUCAGCAGCUCAGGCACUGUGCCCAGGAGCUCCGAGCAGAGAGCCAACAUCUUCUCCUAUUAGUGAGGCAGAGUGGAGCCAGACAAAGUUCUGCAGAAAUAUCUCCUGGGUAUAGUUUCCUGCUUUGGUUAACAUACGUAUCAUAUAUCAGAGAGAAAUCGACAGUGUAGGCAGCAUGAGUUUAUGGCUGUAAUAUUUCUCGUUGUACAGCUCCACAGUAGCCGAGGCCCUUCAAAGCCUAAAAGAACGAAGAGAGCAGUUGAAGCACACGAUUAACCAUCUGCAGCAGGAGCUCCACACACAGAAAGAAACCAUCGAGCAGCUGAGAAGAGCAAAGGUAUCACAGAGUACAUACUGCAGAGAGAGGUGGUGUUUGCGAAUACAGCACACAAAUACAUACCGAUAUGUUUCUAUGGUUGCAGGAGCGAGAACUGAGCAUACAGAGACAACAGCUGAGGAUGGAGAGGGACCAGGCCAUGGACUGUCUAAAGGAGCGCCUCAUUCAGGUUUGAACGUAAACAUGCGGUUCAUGUCAGGGGAACACAUACAUGAAACAAACAGCAGUGACACACCCUCAUAUGUUUCUGCAGGAGCACAUCGAGGAGUUGAGCAGUCUGAAUGUGGCUCAUAUGUGUGAUGGAGGAGCUGAGGGAGGAGGAGGAGGAGUAGCAGCAUCUCUGCGCAGACAGCUGAAGGCCAAAGACCUGGAGCUCCGACAGGUUCAGAGGAGCAUGGCCCAGUGGAAGGAGCAGACUGUGGUUCGACUGGCAUGCAAGUUUGAGGAAGAGUUGACAGCUGAACUGCAGAGGUGAAGAAACUCGUCUUGGCCGCUGAGCUUUGAGCACUAAUGUUGAACAGAUUUUUCCUUCUUUAAACGUUACAUCAGUCCAGAAAGUGAAUCAAAUCCAGGAUUGGUUUUUGAGUUUUGCCAUGGUUUCUGUUUUCUCCCAGGUGCAAGACAAAGUUGUUAAGGGGCAGGUAACUGAUCUGUAAACUUUAAAAACUAGACCUCGUACUAACCCUCCAUCUGUUCUCAAAACAGCAUGUCCUCGCCUCGUCUCAUUAGGAUCUGCAUUUUAAACCUCAGGCUUCACUGCAUGCCUUCAUGCAGCAACAUAAGUUACCCGCGAUGAGCAGCUUUUUAACGCAGGUUUGUUUGUUUGUUUUUCAGGAAAACAUCAAAGACUCCAGAGGAGACGCAGAGAAAGCCUGAGGGGCCUCAGAAAGACACGAUGCUGUGUACCAAAGUGAAUAAUAUAUCAGUAGUUUUAACUCAGUUUGGUGAGGGUGUUGUUCUUAUUGUUGUAGUCAAAACUGUCUGUCUAUUUCUCCUCCUCAUCAGGAAGUCCAGAACUCAGUUUGGCCACCAUCCCUCCCUGUCGCUGCUCCCCACAGCUCCUCAGAUGUGGCUUCAUUAAAGCUCCUCAGUCACCUGCAGAGAAGAGUGAAGCAGCUCCGUUUAGAAAACCAAGUCCUCACAUCCACUCCUUUGUCUUCAAAUACAGUCCCUUCAGAUCUCUCAGGAUCCUAUCUUGCAAAAGUGAGUGCAUAGCUGUGAUUUUAUGUUACUGCUCAUUAUUGCCCUCUCUCUCUCUCUCUCUCUUUCUCUCUCUCUCUCGUUCAGUUUAAUCAGCAGUUACAUUUACUGUGGUGAUAAACAAGAGAGCACAAAACAUUUAAAAAGUACAUUUGCAAGACUUUGACUUUGACUCGACUGAUUUUUAGAAAAUGAUUUUUUGCGAAUGACUGCGAACAUUAGCUGAGUUUACAUGGGCACAAAUAAUCGGAAUAAAUGCCCGAUCGGAAUUAAAAUGCAUCAUAUAAACAUGUCGAAGGAUUCUGAUCCAAUGUGGCCCAAUCGGAACGAAACUGUAUUAUGGUUUAUGCCGAUCGUUACUCCUAAACGCGUCCAUGUAAACACUUAUACCGAUCGUGACUCUCUUACCUGACUCGGUCUACACUCUUUAGCCUUUAGCCUGUUCUGUAGGCCAGUACAGGAGGUUUCAUUAUUAACACUCUGGCAUAAAAAACAACCGCAGGUGCCAUGUCUGCUCCUUCGGUAACAUAACAAGGCGUAAAGAUGUUUAAUCUACACGCACAGUAAAGUAAAUACGCAAGGGCGCCAUCCAGUGACAUGAUUUAACAGGGGGAAAACUCCUGAAUUGGAUUUAGUGAGCUACUACUGCGUUUGUUGGGUUGUUGACAGCACAGGCGGAAAUACAACUCUUCUUCUGUGGUUGUUUUAGCGAAAUUAGACAACUCUGCGCAUGUCCAAAUGCUUUCAAUAUGAAUAAAACUUUGUGCAUGUAUACGCACGACAUGAUCGGAUUAUUUGAUUUUGCACCGAUAUAAACAGUGGAUUCAGAUUAUCCGAUCCCUCAAAUUUUUAAUCGGAUCAAGAAAUUUUGCACACGUAAACGUGGCUAGUAAGUCUGACUUUGGUGUUUUUUUUUUAUAGAUCACUCAGGAUAUCUCUGGGAUCGAGAACCUGUCAUCAAUCAGGACAGUCUCAAGUUAAAGACAUAAAGUUAAACUCUGUGUGUGUGUGUGUGUGUGUGUGUGUGUGUGUGUGUGUGUGUGUGUGUGUGUGUGUGUGUGUGUGUGUGUGUGUGUGUGUGUGUGUGUGUGUGUGUGUGUGUGUUGGGUACACACAUCAGUGUCAAGUGUCCUUAAAAUCUGAGGCUCAUGCAUUUUAAGGCAUUUUUAGUGACCUCAGGAAUGAAUCAUUUACUGUUCUCCUAAAGAUAGGAGGUCACGGUGACAGAUGACACAGCUCGAGGGUUACUCAUUGAGUCUACAUUCCUCUGAAUGAAGGCCGUCUGAUUUUACGGCCUUGAGCUUCACUGAGCUGAGUAAGUGACAUUUUACUGAACAUCAUGUGAGUUAUGUCACACAGGCAUGAACCCUCAUAAAGCUUUGAGCUCUAUGGGAAUCCCUUGUAUAAUGAUCAGUGUUACUGCAUGUUAAAAAACUGUUUUGUAUUCUGAUAUGAGAAUGGUAUUGAGUAUCUUGAUAAACUUAGUCAAAUUGAGUUCUCUUUGUGUAAAUGUAAAGCCAGAUUUUUAAAGGCGGUGUAGUAUUUUCAAUUGUGCUCAAUAAAGGCAUUGAUAUGGUUUUGAUUUACCAUAAAAUGAGA